AUGUACGAUCCGGAAGAGUUUCCCGACUACGACACACCCGGAUCAAGCCAAUCAUGUCUUCUGGCUCAGGAAUCGUGGUAUCAUGGAAAUGUGACGCGGUUGACUGCUGAAACAGCGGUGCUGUUCAAUGGCGACUUUUUGGUUCGCGAUUCAAUCUCUGAGAAGGGAGAAUAUGUGCUCACCUGCCGCUGGAAUGGUCGACCACUUCAUUUUCAAAUCAACUCGACAAUCGAGAACGGCCGCAAAAUGUACCAUUUUGAGUUGGAGUCGUUCGCCACCGUUGUUGAUCUCAUCAACUUCUACGUCAAUCAUUGCCGUCCCAUCACAUUCGCGAGCAAGUGUAUCAUAUCGGCACCUGUUACCAAGCCGGAGAAGAAGAUCGACUGCUCAAGUCCGCGCGACAUCGAAGCCUCCUACAUGCACAUUUUGCGUAGGGACCAGAAAACGACUCCUGUGCGAAACACGAUGACCCUUCAACAGAAAGUGCGUCUCAAUCAGGCGAAUCGUUUUCACAAGCCGGUUUUCUCGAAAAGCUCUCAUGAUUUGUGCAUUAUUGAUGAUGAUAGCUGCCCGCCGCUUCAACAUAGAGAGAAUCUACGGUUUCGGGCUCUUCCAGUGCCGAAUAGAAGUGAUUCCAGCUCGCAAGAUGAGGAUGAUUACGACUCGGUUGAUUAUGCAGCAAUGGAUGAGAUUGGAAAUAAGGGUUCGACAAAAUCUGGAAAAAGCUUCACAUUGAAAAGAGAUUUCAUAAAACCAAUGUCUUCAUCGUGCCAUAAUCUUACAAGAACUGCUUCUCCUUCUGCUCCAAACCAGUACGUGAGAAAGCCUGGUGCGAAACCAACUCCUCCACCAGUUGGCGAAAAACCUCCACUUCCACCAAGACCGAAUGAUAUUUUUAACGGUGGUCUGAAAUCGGCCAAAUCUAUUGAUAAGAAUCUGGAAAGCGAAAAUGAAAAUGACUAUGAUGACGUCCAACGAUCGCGCAUCUCUCGCCUUAGCUCUGUUAUGAAUGUGAAUACGGACACCGAAAAGCUCAAAAGACUGAGCAAUGAAAGCUCAGCUACCGAUUAUGAUUCUCUUCCAAGUGAUCGUUCCAUGACUCAAAGAGAUUCUGGAAUCUAUGGAUCUCCAUCUCCACCACAUGAUAAGAAUGAGGGAUUCUCAGCCCCAACCCUUUUCAAGUUAAAAAACUUUCUGACCAAUUCUUCGGCGAAGGAUGUGGCUUUUGCUAUUACUUAUGAAGACGCCAUUUUGUUCCAAAUGAUUGGAGAUGAGCACAAUUUCCACAAUGCUCUUCAAUUUUUGAUGUUACCUAAAGGUGCGAAGAUUCGAGAAACACUUUCAGAAAGAUCUCGACUAAUCACUCUCUCGGUGAUUUUAUCUAUUGUGACUACCAAGGAUGGCGAGCGUCUCAGAGCUUGGUUGGACACUUGCAAAGAACUUUUGAAUUUUGGAAACUUCUAUGGCUUCAUUAAUGUUAUGGAUGCCAUCGUAUCUACAUUGAUGCAAACCCGCUAUGCAGUUUGGUAUAGCAUCGACGCUCAACGACAAACGCUCUUUGAGGAUUUAAAAGCCACUCGCCAGAAGCUGCGACAUUUUGGUUGCCCACCGCAAUACACCAUGGUCAUCCCCAUGAUUCAGCCAAUUCUUGAGAUCAUGGGUGGAAGCGAUAAUCAAUUCCUCGAGCAGGAUAUGUAUGUUACAGAUAAUGAAACUCUUUUUCGCUGGAUUGAAGUUUGUCGUGAUUGGAUCCGUAAGUCCGACGAUCUUGGAAUUGCGUUGAAGUCAAAACUUGGACCCAAACAAUUGCUAGAGAAUCCGAUCUCACUUGCCAAUCUUCGCUUGUUGAUUUUCAACCAUGCCGACACUCAGCCUGAGCGUUAUGAAAUUGCCAUUGAUCGCCUUGAGGAUAUGAUCCAGAACAAGCGUAUCUCCCAUUAG